AUGGUUAUUGGGACACGGGGCAGGCGUUUCCUAGUGAACACCGGUGCCCAGAUCAGCGUGGUUCCCCCCACUCCAGUUGACCGCCGCUGUCCCAGCCCUGGUCUACAUCUCCAAGCUGCAAACUGUUCCCCCAUUUCCACUUUUGGCAGUCGUUCCCUAACGCUAAACAUUGGUUUAUGUCGAUCAUUCUCCUGGAUAUUUGGGAUUGCCGAUGUGCCUCAUGUGAUCCUUGGUUCCGACUUCCUAGCCGAAUUUGAUCUCCUUAUUGACUGUCGGCGUUCCUGUCUCCUCGACCGCACAACUGGCCUUUCUGUCCGCUGUCUUACACCCUUUAAUGACUCCUGCAAUUUAUCUGUUCUGGACACAGGUAUUGCUUGCCCUUACCGAGACCUGCUCCUCCAACACCCCAACAUAAUCAAACCCCAGUUUCGCAGUGGUGAGAUCCAGCAUGACGUUGUCUACCACAUUCGCACCUCUGGACCCCCAGUAUUCGCACGGCCUAGAGGACUGGCUCCGUCCCGUCUGCAAGCGGCGAAGGCCGAAUUUGAGCACAUGCUGCAACUGGGCAUAAUUCGCCCAUCCGAGAGUCCAUGGGCGUCCCCUCUGCAUAUGGUGCCCAAGGCGACAUCAGACGACUGGCGGCCCUGUGGUGACUAUCGUGCCCUCAACAAUGCGACCAUCCCGGAUCGUUAUCCCGUCCCUCAUCUUCAAGAUUUUGCUGGAGCUCUUUUCGGCAAAUCGGUUUGCUCGAAGAUUGACCUUGUUCGGGCCUUCCAUCAGAUUCCUGUCGCUCCUGAGGAUGUUCCCAAAACUGCCGUCACCACACCAUUCGGCCUGCUAGAAUUUAUUCGCAUGCCAUUUGGUCUUCGCAAUGCUGCCCAAACAUUUCAGAGGUUCAUUGACCGAGUCCUACGUGGUCUCCCGUUUGUGUACGCCUACAUCGAUGACCUCUUGGUGGCCAGGCGAAAUGCCGAGCAUCUUGCCUUAGUGUUUGACCGCCUCGAUCAGUUUGGCGUGGUCAGUAACCCUUUGAAGUUUGUUCUGGGUGUGCCGUCCCUUGAUUUUCUUGGUCACCAUGUCGAUGCACAAGGUUUGUGUCCCCUCUCUUCCAAGGUUGAGGCCAUUCGUGACUUUCCUCCAACAACCUCCAGGCGUCAGUUGCAACGUUUCCUUGGCAUGGUAAACUUUGAUCGCCGGUUCCUACCGAACUGUGCCGACCUUAUGCUGCCACUCACCAACUUGAGUUACGUGGCCAAGCGCUGA